AUGAGACAAAACUCAUUCGGCGGACACAACAAGGCUGGGAUGACCACUAGAUUCGAGUGCUAUAUAGCGGUGCAUAUGUUUCGGGAACUUCUAGAAUGUGUGCAGUAUUUGCACGAAAACCAUAUCAUUCACAGAGACCUCAAACCGGAUAACGUGUUGAUCGCUAUGAACGGCACCAAAACUCAACGGUUUGUCAAGUUAUGUGACUUCGGUCUGUCCAAAGAGGUGUUCAGUACGAGUGGACCGCAUCCCAUGUCUGCCGUAACCCAUACGGAAGAAGUAGGAGACUCUCGAUAUCAGGCACCGGAAGCCAUGGGCGCCGACUAUAACCAUAAGAUUGAUAUCUAUAGUCUAGCACUCAUUGGGAUAGAUAUCUUUGAAUUGAAUAGAAAAUAUUUUAUGGAUGGAAAAGAUCUAUUAUAUACAACAUAUGAUACAGAUUUAGCCGAUUUAAUGACUAGUAUUUACGGAAUAUUAUUUGAAAUGAGUGCUAAUGAGUACUCCAAGAGGGGUCCGACCGAUUGGACGACACGACCCGAAUGCUCCGACAUAUUGCUUAGAUUUAAUAGAUUAUCGGUCGGCGCUGUAAUCAAGGAAAACGACGUCAAACUAUUCGAUGAAUGCAUUGAAAGCAAGUGUCAAUAUUUUUACCACAAAUAUAGUCAGUGUAGACCUUACGUAAAGUUUGGCGAUUCAUGUGAUAUUAGAGGAAAUAACGUCACAAUCGAUGGUAAGGAUAAUCUAGAGACCAUGAGCAAAUUUGUCCAACAAAUUCGUACGUACAAUACGUUUGACUCAAAAUAUUUAGUGAAACCGUAUAAUACAUGGCUGGAGAACAAUAAACUGUUUAUGCAAAUGGAGUGCUGUUCCCAUUGUUUGCGACGCGUUGCUAGUUAUUUGGCACUCAACUACUUGAAUGUGUUUAUUACGACAAACGUGACCCAGGGCAUCAAUGUUAAAUUAAUGGACAUUAUUUUUAACCAAAAUGAUCUCGAUAAAUUCGAUGAAACUAAUAUUCCACAACAUAAAAAACAAGAAUUUUCAUUCAAACUACUGAUGCGGAUACAGAAGAGUUGGAAACGGGUUUUAUGUGAUGUCGGCGUCAAUAUCGAUACAAUUAACGACUUAUUUAAUCGUAUGACGAGUGAAACCCCGGCGAACCGGACGACAACAGAACUGAUGCAAGAAUUUAAUAGAAUCUCCAGAAAUAGUAUUCAAAUCGAUGCGACAAUGAUUGCAAGGUUUAAGGCACAUCUAAUCGCCGGGGAAUUCAACGAUCCAAUCUAA